CGUUGCCCAGCCCGGGCGCCCCGUCGUUCCUGCUUUUUCCCGCUCUGGGAUGCGGCAAACCGGUUGAGCUUACUCGCAGCUAACGACGGAAGAAGAGCAAAACCCCAUCUAGCCUGGAUAAGGCGGGAUAUGGGGAGAGUACUCCGUACGGCACGCAGAAUACGAUGCCUUGGCUGAACCACCUCCACACCGCACCACACCCCAUCCCUCCCACUUUCCUUUUCCCCUUACUCCUCUCGUGGCACACUUGGACGUACAUGACGCUUGCUUCAUGCUGCUUCAGCCUGCACACAGGGCGGGCGGCCCCAGAGCCCAGGGGGACGAACCGUUGGAGGCAAGGUAGGAACUCUCACAAGCUGUGCCUAGAGAGGCGUACGGCCACAUUUAGAACGGCGUCCCCGCCAUACCACGCUACCUAAAGAUGCGUAGGUAGCCAAGGCGGCUUGGACGCAAAUAAGACAGUGGCUGGUGGGACGAGACAUGUAGAGACUAUAGAACCCGACGGCGAGACAUUGAGAACUUCCAAAGCGCGGCGGG